AUGGGGCAACAGCAACUGUUAAAAGCGACCACAUCUACAAAUAUAGCUGCACUGAGAGCAUCCUACUUGGUGGCUGACCGUAUCGCUAAAGCUAAGAAGCCCUUCACCAUUGGGGAAGAACUGAUUUUGGUGAUGUUUGGUGAAGCUGCAGCUAACAAGAUAGGCCAGAUUCCUCUUUCAGCAACCACUGUCACACAGAGAAUUGAUGAUAUCGCAGAGGACAUUGAAUGAUGUUUUAUUAGCAAGUUGUUAGAAAGGGUUAACGAGUCGCCAUGGUAUGCAUUGCAGUUCGAUGAAUCGACCGACGUUGACAACAAUGCAAUAUUACUGGUUUAUGUGCGAUAUACAGUGGACGAUGUGCAUGAGGAUAUAUUGUGUGUACGCUCACUGCCAACUAACACAACUGGGGCAGAAAUGUUCAAGUCUUUGAAUGACUACUUAUCAGGCAAACUUAACUGGUCAUUUUGCAUUGGAAUAUGCACAGAUGGGACUGCGUCUAUGACCAGACGGCUGUCCGGUCUCACGACCCGGGUCAAAGAAGUUGCGCCCAAAUGCGAGUCUACACACUGUGUCAUACAAAUGCUGGCCAGCCGUAAAAUGUCACCAGCACUUCACUCUGUGCUAAAUGAUGUUGUAAAAAUAAUUAACCACAUCAAAGCAAAUGCCCUCAACUCCUGUCUUUUCGAACAUCAUUGCGAAGAAAUGGAAGCAGAACACAAACACCUGUUGCUACACACCGAAGUCAGGUAGCUGUCAAGGGGGAGAUCCUUAGCAAGAGUUUACGAGUUUACGAGCCAAUUCAGAGAUUUUUUUCAGAAUAAAAGUCACCACUGGCAGCACACUUCAGUGACGAGGAAUGGAUCGUUUGCUGUUGCACGCAGUUAA